AUGCCGAGCGCUGAGGAACGGGCCGCGCUCGCAGCGGAGAACGCGGACCCGGAACCCUGCGCCGACCCGAGACUGCGUCUCCUAGGGGCCUGCGUGGCUCAGAGCCUGCGGCCGGUGGCGGGAGCCUGGGAGCGCUGCUCAGGGACGGCUGAAGCGGAGCAGCUGCUCCAGGCCUUCCUGGGGCGCGAUGCUGCGGAGGAGCCGCGGCCGCUGCUGGUGGUGCGGCCUGGGCCCGGGGGCCUGGUGGUGCGACCCGGGUUGGACGCGGGACCCGAGUCUGGCCCUGCCCGUGCUAAGGGGCUUUUUUUCCUGCGCACCAGACCCGAGCCUCCAGGGCCCCACAGCCUCCGCGGCGCUGUGCUCUGCGGGGACCUGCCCGCGGCGCCUCUGGAGCACCUGGCUGCGCUGUUCUCCGAGGUUGUCAUUCCUGUCCUGGCCAAUGAGAAGAACCACYUGGACUGGCCCCACAUGGUAUGUCAAGAUGUCCGGCAGCACGCCCACACCCUCCAGUGGGACCUCCUGGUCAUCCUUGAGCAAGUCAAGGGGAAAACUUUGCUGCCUCUUCCGGUGGGCUCCGAAAAACUGAAGUUUGUGGAUUCAGGAAGUGAGACCGACUUGGACGCCAUCGAUAAGUCAGUCAUCUAUGCCAUUGAGUCUGCAGUGAUCAAGUGGAGCCACCAAGUCCAGGUGGUACUCAAGAGAGAGUCUUCUCAACCACUCUUCCAAGGGGAGAAUCCCACCCCAAAGGUGGAGUUGGAAUUCUGGAAGAGAAGGUAUGAGGAUCUGGAAUACAUUCAUAAUCAGCUGCGAACCAUUCAGGUGAGGGGCAUGGCUGGGCUCCUGGAUAAGCUUCAUAGCAGCUAUUUACCAGCUUUCAAAGCCAUGUUCAGAGACGUCGUCGCAGCUCUGAAAGAGGCGCAGGACAUUCACGUGCACCUGUUACCCCUGCACCGCCACCUGGAAGUCCUGGAGAGCGUGGAGUUUCCCCAGGUGAAGUCCAAGCUGCGGCCUCUGCUCCAUGUGGUCUGUCUGAUUUGGGCCACAUGCAAGUGCUACCGCUCCCCAGGGAGGCUCACGGUGCUGCUCCAAGAGAUUUGCAACCUCCUCAUCCAGCAGGCCUCUAAUUACCUCAGUCCAGAAGACCUCCUGAGAAUCGAGGUGGAAGAAAGUCAGAGAAAACUGCAAGUGGUCUCAGACACCUUGCGCUCCUUCAAGCAGGAAUUUCAGGACAGAAGGGAGAAUCUCCAUACUUACUUCAAGGAGAAUGAGGAAGUCAAGGAGUGGGAUUUUCAGUCUUCUUUGGUGUUUGUGCGUUUGGAUGGCUUCCUGGGCCGACUGUACGUGGUGRCAGAUCUUCUGAAGACUGCCUUGGAUUUCCACAAACUGGGAAAGCUUGAGUUUAGUGGCAUCAGAGGGAAUUCCUUAGGUCAGCAGGUCCAGCAAAUGUACGAGGAAUUUCAAGAGAUGUACAAGGUCUUCUCAGAGUGCUCCUAUGACUUCUUGGACCCCUCRAACAUGGAAUUUGAAAAUGACAUCUCUGAAUUUAACCAGAGAGUAGAAGAUCUUGACCAAAGAUUGGGGACCAUCUUUAUUCAAGCUUUCGAUGACACACCCKGCUUGGAGCAUGCCUUUAAGCUGCUAGACAUAGCAGGAAACCUCCUGGAGAGACCACUGGUAGCACGGGAUGUAUCAGAUAAAUACCUCGUCCUCAUCGGAAUGUUCAGUGAAGAGCUGGAUGCGGUGAGGACCAUCUACAGUCAGCACAUCCAGGAAGAGGCAGAACUCGGGUUCUCCCCGGUGCACAAGAACAUGCCUGCUGUGGCCGGGGGCCUCCGCUGGGCACAGGAGCUGAGGCAACGUAUCCAGGGUCCCUUUGGCAACUUCAAACGCAUCACGYAUCGUUGCAUGGAAUCUGCUGAAGGGAAGAGAAUAAUACAAAAAUAUGAAGAUAUGCUCUCAUUGCUGRAAAAAUAUGAGACAAGACUGUAUGAGGACUGGUGUCGUACAGUAGCAGAGAAGUCACAGUACAAUCUUUCCAGACCACUUUUGCAACGUGACCCAGAGACGAAGCAGAUCACUGUCAACUUUAACCCACAGCUGAUUUCAGUGCUGAAGGAGAUGAGCUAUCUGGAGUCCAGAGAGACAAAGCACCUCCCCGAGACAGCAGCAGCCAUGUUCUCCUCCAGGGAAUUCUAUCGGCAACUCGUGGCCAACUUGGAGUUGGUGGCAAAUUGGUACAACAAGGUUAUGACAACUCUGCUAGAGGUGGAAUUUCCAUUAGUGGAGAAGGAGCUGCAAACCAUUGAUCUCCAGCUGAAAGCUGCACAGGAGACUCUAAACUGGAAAACAGAAGGCAUUUGGGAUUAUGUCAUUCAAAUCACCAGCAGUAUUCAUGAUCUUGAACAAAGAAUUCAGAAAACAAAAGACAAUGUGGAAGAGAUUCAAAGCAUCAUGAAAACGUGGGUGGCUCCAAUAUUUAAGAGAAAAGAUGGGAAAAAGGAAUGCCUUCUGUCUCUGGAUGAUCAGCGUGAUCUCGUGGAAAGACAUUACAGUCUCAUCAAAGAAUCUGGCAUUAAGAUUCACGCCCUUGUUCAGGAAAAUCUGGGUCUCUUUUCAGCAGACCCAGCCUCCAGUACCUGGGAGACUUAUGUUAACUAUCUUGAUGAUAUGUUGCUGGAUGGAUUCUUUCUUGCCAUUGAGUGCUCCCUCAAGUACCUUCUGGAAAACACGGAAUGUCAGGCAGGAAUCACCCCAAUAUUUGAAGUACAACUUAGCCUCGCUGUCCCAGACUUAGUUUUCUAUCCAUCGCUGGAGUCUGGAGUGAAGGGGGGCUUCUACGACCUGGUUGAGGGUCUUGUCAACAGCAUUUUUGGGAUGUCAACCUUGGUGCCACGGCUUUCCCCACAAUCUGGCUCUCCUCACUAUCAGGUUGAUCUGGAGGAUAUGGCGGAUUUGGCAAGCCUGCGGAGCACACUCAUGGAAAGGGUCCAGAGCAUGAUGACCCUCUGCUGUGGCUAUCGAAACACCUUUGUCCAGUAUUCCUAUCUCUACGUGGAGGACCGGAAGGAGAUUCUGGGUCAGUUUCUGUUGUAUGGGCAUGUCCUCUCACCCGAGGAGAUGGAAGCCCAUGCAGAAGACGGCAUCCCCGAGAACCCACCCCUCCUCCAACAGUUCAAGGUGCAAAUUGACUCCUACGAAAAGCUCUAUGCAGAGGUGUGCAAACUGGAGCCCGUCAAGGUGUUUGACAGCUGGAUGAAAAUUGAUGUGCGACCUUUUAAGGCAUCUCUGCUGAAUAUAAUUAAGAGGUGGAGCCUCAUGUUCAAACAACACCUUGUUGACUAUGUCACUAACAGCCUGGCUGACCUUGAAGUAUUUAUAAAAAGUAGCGAGAUUGGCUUGCUCAAGAAAGUGGAGAAAGGAGAUUUCCAAGGAUUGGUUGAGAUCAUGGGACACCUUAUGGCUCUUAAAGAACGACAGAGCAGCACCGAUGAGAUGUUUGAGCCCCUCAAGCAAACCAUCGAGUUGCUGAAGACCUAUGACCAAGAGUUGCCGGAAGCCGUGUUUGAGCAACUGGAGGAGCUGCCUGAGAAAUGGAGCAACAUAAAGAAGAUGGCCGUUACUGUGAGGCAGCAGGUGGCCCCCCUGCAGGCGAACGAAGUGACCCUCCUCCGCCAGAGGUGCACAGCCUUCGACCUGGAACAACAGCAAUUCUGGGAGCAAUUCCACAAGGAAGCCCCCUUCCGGUUUGAUAGCAUCCAGCCGCAUCCAAUGCUGGAUGCCUGGCAUAUCAAGAUCCAGCAGAUGGAAUCCACCAUGGCCUCCAUUUCCGAGUCCGCCAGCUUGUUUGAGGUCAAUGUUCCCGAAUACAAGCAACUGCGCCAAUGCAGGAAGGAAGCCUGCCAGCUGAAGGAGCUCUGGGACACUAUUGGGAUGGUGACCUCCAGCAUCCAUGCCUGGGAGACCACUGCGUGGAAGGAUAUCAACGUGGAAACCAUGGACUUGGAGUGCAAAAAGUUCACCCGGCACAUUCGUAACCUUGACAAGGAGGUAAGGGCCUGGGAUGCAUUUACAGGGCUAGAAAGCACCGUGUUGAACACCCUGACCUCCCUAAGGGCCGUGGCAGAGCUGCAGAAUCCAGCCAUCCGGGAGCGGCACUGGAGGCAGCUGGUGCAGGCCACGGGCAUGACCUUCACCAUGGACAAGGACACCACCCUUGCACACCUCCUGCAGCUCCAGCUGCACCACUUUGAGGAUGAGGUCCGGGGCAUCGUGGACAAGGCCGUCAAGGAGAUGGGUAUGGAGAAGAUCUUAAAGGAGCUGCAGACCACCUGGGCUGGCAUGGAAUUCCAGUAUGAGCCCCACCCACGGACCAAUGUCCCCUUGUUGCAGUCUGAUGAAGACCUCAUUGAGGUUCUGGAGGACAAUCAAGUCCAACUUCAGAACCUGAUGAUGUCCAAGUAUGUUGCUUUCUUCCUGGAGGAAGUAUCUAGCUGGCAGAAGAAGCUGUCCACAGCCGAUGCCGUCAUCUCUACCUGGUUUGAGGUGCAGCGCACAUGGUCUCACCUGGAAAGUAUAUUCAUUGGAUCGGAUGAUAUCCGGGCUCAGCUGCCCCAGGAUUCUAAAAGAUUUGAAGGCAUCGACCUUGACUUUAAGGAGCUAGCUUAUGAUGCUCAGAAAACUCCAAAUGUUGUGGAAGCCACCAACAAAUCGGGUCUUUAUGAAAAACUGGAGGAUAUUCAGAGCAGAUUGUGCCUAUGUGAGAAGGCCCUGGCAGAGUACCUAGAUACCAAGAGGCUUGCCUUUCCUCGGUUUUAUUUUCUCUCCUCUUCUGAUCUGCUAGACAUCCUUUCUAAUGGCACAGAUCCACAACAGGUUCAGCGUCACCUUUCCAAACUUUUUGACAACAUGGCCAAGAUGCAAUUCCAGCUAGAUGCCAGUGAGAAUCCAACCAAGACAAGUCUUGGCAUGUACAGCAAAGAAGAAGAGUAUGUGGCCUUCAGUGAGCCCUGUGACUGCAGUGGGCAGGUAGAAAUAUGGUUGAACCACGUGCUCGCUCACAUGAAAGCAACUGUUAGGCACCAGAUGACAGAAGGAGUAACUGCCUAUGAGGAAAAACCAAGGGAGCAGUGGCUGUUUGACUACCCGGCUCAGGUUGCCCUGACCUGCACUCAAAUAUGGUGGACAACAGAGGUGGGCAUGGCAUUUUCCAGACUGGAGGAAGGUUAUGAGAAUGCCAUGAAGGAAUAUUACAAGAAGCAAGUGGCCCAGCUCAAAACUCUCAUCACCAUGCUGAUUGGCCAGCUCUCCAAGGGGGACCGGCAAAAGAUCAUGACCAUAUGCACCAUUGAUGUGCAUGCCCGGGACGUGGUGGCCAAGAUGAUUGCUCAAAAGGUGGACAAUGCCCAGGCUUUCCUCUGGUUGUCCCAGCUACGCCACCGUUGGGAUGAUGAGGCCAAACACUGCUUUGCCAACAUCUGUGAUGCCCAGUUUCUAUAUUCCUAUGAAUACCUGGGAAAUACACCUCGCCUAGUGAUCACGCCUUUGACUGACAGGUGCUACAUCACCCUCACCCAGUCUCUGCACUUGACCAUGAGUGGAGCUCCAGCAGGACCUGCAGGCACAGGCAAGACCGAGACCACCAAGGACCUGGGCCGAGCACUGGGCAUCAUGGUUUAUGUGUUUAACUGCUCGGAGCAGAUGGACUACAAGUCUUGCGGCAACAUCUACAAAGGCCUCGCUCAGACUGGUGCCUGGGGCUGCUUUGAUGAGUUUAAUCGAAUCUCYGUGGAGGUCCUGUCAGUAGUGGCAGUGCAGGUAAAAAGCAUCCAAGAUGCAAUUAGAGAUAAGAAGCAGCGGUUCAACUUCCUUGGGGAGGAGAUUAGCCUGAAUCCUUCCGUGGGCAUCUUCAUCACCAUGAACCCAGGCUACGCCGGCCGAACUGAGCUGCCCGAGAACCUCAAGGCUCUCUUCAGGCCUUGUGCAAUGGUUGUUCCAGACUUUGAGUUGAUCUGUGAGAUCAUGCUGGUGGCAGAAGGAUUCAUUGAAGCUCGGUUGUUAGCCAGGAAGUUCAUUACCCUUUACCAGUUGUGUAAAGAGCUUCUCUCCAAACAGGAUCACUAUGACUGGGGCCUGCGGGCCAUCAAAUCUGUACUCGUGGUGGCAGGAUCCCUGAAGCGAGGGGACCCCGACCGACCCGAGGACCAAGUCUUGAUGCGCUCCUUGCGAGACUUCAACAUCCCCAAGAUUGUGACAGAUGACAUGCCUGUGUUCAUGGGCUUGAUUGGGGACCUCUUCCCUGCCCUGGAUGUCCCCCGAAGGAGAAACCUGGACUUCGAAGCCUUGGUCAGGAAGGCGGUAGUGGACCUAAAGCUCCAGGCUGAGGACAACUUUGUGCUCAAGGUGGUCCAGCUGGAGGAGCUGCUGGCAGUGAGGCACUCCGUGUUUGUGGUAGGUGCGGCUGGUACCGGCAAGUCACAGGUGCUGAGGUCCUUGCACAAGACCUAUCAGAUCAUGAAACGUCGCCCUGUCUGGACCGACCUCAACCCCAAAGCGGUCACAAAUGAUGAACUCUUUGGCAUCAUCAAUCCGGCCACGAGAGAAUGGAAGGAUGGGUUGUUCUCUUCCAUCAUGCGGGAGCUCGCCAACAUCUCCCAUGAGGGACCUAAGUGGAUUUUACUGGAUGGUGACAUAGAUCCAAUGUGGAUUGAGUCUCUGAAUACUGUYAUGGAUGACAACAAGGUGCUGACCCUGGCAAGCAAUGAGAGGAUUCCUCUUAACCCCACAAUGCGGCUCCUCUUUGAGAUCAGCCACCUGCGCACGGCCACUCCAGCAACCGUCUCCAGAGCAGGGAUCCUCUACAUCAACCCAGCAGACCUGGGAUGGAAUCCUGCAGUGAGCAGUUGGAUUGACCAGAGGGAAAUCCAGACAGAGAGAGCCAACCUAACCAUUCUGUUUGACAAGUAUCUUCCAACCUGUCUGGACACACUCAGAACCAGAUUUAAGAAGAUAAUUCCAGUCCCAGAGCAGAGCAUGGUUCAGAUGGUGUGCUACCUUCUCGAAUGCCUCCUGACCAAGGAGGACAUCCCUGCAGACUGCCCCAAGGAAACCUACGAGCUUUAUUUUGUGUUUGCUGCCAUCUGGGCUUUCGGUGGAGCAAUGGUUCAAGAUCAGCUUGUGGACUACCGGGCAGAGUUCAGCAAAUGGUGGGUGACAGAGUUCAAGACAGUCAAGUUUCCUUCCCAGGGAACCGUCUUUGACUAUUACAUAGACCCAGAGAMCAAGAAAUUCGAGCCCUGGUCCAAGCUCAUCCCCCAGUUUGAAUUCGACCCCGAGAUGCCUUUGCAGGCUUGUUUGGUGCACACCAGUGAGACCAUUCGAGUGUGCUACUUCCUGGAGCGGCUCAUGGAGCGGCGGCGGCCUGUCAUGCUGGUGGGUCCAGCCGGCACCGGCAAAUCCGUGCUGGUGACAGCUAAGCUGGCCAGCCUCGACCCCGAGGAAUACCUGGUGAAAAACGUGCCUUUCAACUACUACACCACGUCGGCCAUGCUGCAGGCUGUCCUGGAGAAACCUCUAGAAAAGAAGGCUGGCAGGAAUUAUGGCCCUCCAGGCAACAAGAAGCUUGUCUACUUCAUCGAUGACAUGAACAUGCCAGAGGUGGACGCCUAUGGGACAGUGCAGCCCCACACUGUCAUCAGGCAGCAUCUAGAUUACGGGCACUGGUAUGAUCGGAGCAAGCUGUCCCUGAAGGAGGUCAUGAAUGUACAGUAUGUUUCCUGCAUGAAUCCUACGGCCGGCAGCUUCACCAUCAACCCACGGCUUCAGCGUCACUUCAGCGUGUUUGUCCUCUCCUUCCCGGGAGCAGAUGCCCUCUCCUCCAUCUACAGCACCAUCCUGACGCAGCAUCUGAAGCUUGGACACUUCCCAGCCUUCCUGCAGAAGUCCAUCCCCCAGCUGAUCAACCUGGCCCUCACCUUCCACCAGAAAAUCGCCACCACGUUCCUGCCCACAGCGAUCAAAUUCCACUACAUCUUUAACCUCCGGGAUUUUGCCAACAUCUUCCAGGGAAUUCUUUUUUCUUCAGUGGAAUGUAUAAAGUCCACACAGGACUUAGUGAAGCUCUAUCUGCAUGAAUCAAAUCGGGUUUAUCGGGAUAAGAUGGUAGAAGAAAAGGACUUUGAUCUUUUUGAUAAAAUCCAGAUAGAAGUACUCAAGAAAAUCUUUGAUGAUAUGGAGGAGACCGCGGAACAGACCCGAAGCCUGAACAUAUAUUGCCACUUUGCCAAUGGUAUUGGUGAGCCCAAGUACAUGCCUGUACAGUCGUGGGAAAUCUUGACCCAGACUCUGGCGGAAGCCCUGGAGAACCACAACGAAGUCAACACAGUGAUGGACCUGGUUCUGUUUGAGGAUGCCAUGCGCCACGUCUGCCAUAUCAAUCGCAUCUUGGAGUCCCCACGGGGGAAUGCUCUGCUGAUUGGCGUAGGUGGGAGCGGCAAACAGAGUCUGACAAGGCUCGCGGCUUUCAUCAGCUCCAUGGAUGUGUUCCAGAUCACGCUGCGCAAAGGCUACCAGAUCCCUGACUUCAAGGUGGACCUGGCUGGCCUGUGUCUGAAAGCUGGGGUGAAGAAUCUCAGCACUGUGUUCCUUAUGACUGAUGCCCAGGUGGCUGACGAGCGGUUCCUGGUGCUCAUCAACGAUCUCUUGGCAUCUGGAGAGAUCCCAGAUCUCUACUCAGAUGAUGAAGUUGAGAACAUCAUAAACAAUGUGCGGAAUGAAGUCAGGAGCCAAGGUCUGGUUGACAACAGGGACAACUGCUGGAAGUUCUUCAUAGAUCGAGUCCGACGGCAGCUGAAGGUGACUCUCUGUUUCUCCCCCGUGGGGAACAAGCUGAGGGUCCGCAGCAGGAAGUUCCCAGCCAUUGUGAACUGCACGGCCAUCGACUGGUUCCAUGAGUGGCCUCAGCAAGCCCUGGAGUCUGUCAGCCUCCGCUUCUUGCAGGACACGGAGAGCAUUGAGCCCACAGUCAAGCAGUCCAUUAGCAAGUUCAUGGCCUUCGUCCACGCGAGUGUCAACCAAACCUCCAAGUCUUACCUGAGCAAUGAGCAGCGCUACAACUACACAACUCCCAAGUCCUUCCUGGAGUUCAUCAGGCUGUACCAGAGCUUGUUGCGCAGGAACGGAAAAGAGCUAAAGUCUAAAAUGGAGCGACUCGAGAAUGGGCUUCUGAAGCUUCAUAGCACCUCUGCCCAGGUGGAUGAUCUGAAAGCCAAGCUGGCCACCCAGGAAGUGGAGCUAAAGCAGAAGAACGAAGAUGCAGACAAAUUGAUCCAGGUGGUYGGCGUGGAAACCGAUAAAGUGAGCAAAGAGAAAGCCAUCGCCGACGAGGAGGAGCAGAAGGUGGCGCUCAUCAUGCAGGAGGUGAAGCAGAAGCAGAAGGACUGUGAGGAAGACCURGCUAAAGCAGAGCCAGCCCUCAUGGCCGCCCAGGCCGCCCUCAACACCCUCAACAAGACCAACCUGACAGAGCUGAAGUCCUUUGGCUCCCCACCUCCAGCUGUCAGCAACGUCAGUGCCGCAGUGAUGGUACUCAUGGCCCCGGGGGGCAAGGUGCCCAAGGACCGGAGCUGGAAGGCUGCUAAGGUCACCAUGACCAAAGUGGACAGCUUCCUGGAUUCCCUGAUCCACUUUGAYAAGGAGAACAUUCACGAGAAUUGCCUCAAAGCCAUCAGACCAUAUCUGCAAGACCCUGAGUUCAAUCCCGAGUUCGUGGCCACCAAGUCCUACGCAGCUGCGGGCCUCUGCUCUUGGGUCAUCAACAUCGUGAGGUUCUAUGAGGUGUUCUGUGAUGUGGAACCCAAGCGCCAAGCUUUAAGCAAAGCCACCUCGGAGCUCACCGCUGCUCAGGAGAAGCUGGCGGCCAUCAAAGCCAAGAUUGCUCAUCUUAAUGAAAACCUGGCAAAGCUCACUGCCAAGUUUGAGAAAGCAACGGCCGACAAACUCAGAUGUCAGCAAGAAGCUGAAAUGACCGCAGGUACCAUCUCCCUUGCAAACCGCCUGGUUGGAGGACUCGCUUCUGAAAACGUGAGGUGGGCAGAAGCUGUGCAGAACUUCAAGCAGCAGGAAAGGACGUUGUGUGGAGACAUUUUGCUUAUUACAGCUUUCAUUUCGUACCUUGGCUUCUUUACCAAAAAAUACCGGCAGAGCCUCAUGGACGGGACCUGGCGACCCUACCUGAGCCAGCUGAAAGUUCCCAUCCCGGUCACCCCAACCCUGGAUCCCCUGAGAAUGCUGACAGAUGAUGCCGAUGUGGCCGCCUGGCAGAAUGAGGGCCUCCCGGCAGACCGCAUGUCCAUGGAGAAUGCCACCAUCCUCAUCAACUGUGAGCGCUGGCCACUCAUGGUGGACCCUCAGCUACAAGGCAUUAAGUGGAUCAAGACCAAAUAUGGAGAAGACCUCCGGGUCACCCAGAUCGGUCAGAAAGGCUACUUGCAAACCAUCGAGCGUGCCCUGGAAGCUGGAGACGUGGUGUUGAUUGAAAACCUGGAAGAAUCCAUCGAUCCUGUUCUGGGACCUCUGCUGGGGAGAGAAGUCAUUAAGAAAGGACGAUUCAUUAAAAUUGGAGACAAAGAGUGUGAAUACAAUCCCAAGUUCCGGCUCAUCCUUCACACCAAGCUGGCCAAUCCUCACUACCAGCCCGAGCUGCAGGCUCAGGCCACCUUGAUCAACUUCACUGUGACCAGAGAUGGCCUGGAGGACCAGCUGCUGGCCGCCGUGGUCAGCAUGGAGAGGCCAGAUCUGGAGCAGCUGAAGUCAGAUCUCACAAAACAGCAAAAUGGAUUCAAAAUCACACUCAAAACAUUAGAAGACAAUCUGCUCUCRCGCCUCUCCUCGGCAUCUGGGAACUUCUUGGGAGAAACAGCUUUGGUGGAGAAUCUGGAGAUCACCAAGCAGACUGCUGCUGAGGUGGAGAGAAAGGUCCAGGAAGCCAGGGUGACUGAAGUAAAAAUCAACGAGGCCAGAGAGCACUAUCGGCCAGCAGCUGCCCAAGCCUCUCUGCUCUACUUCAUCAUGAAUGACCUCAGCAAGAUACACCCAAUGUAUCAGUUCUCUCUCAAGGCCUUCCGGAUCGUCUUCCAGAAGGCUGUAGAGAAAGCCGCUCCUGGUGAGAGCCUCAAGGAGCGGGUCACCAAUCUAAUAGACAACAUAACCUUUUCUGUGUACCAGUAUACGACCCGCGGACUCUUCGAGUGCGAUAAGUUGACCUACCUUGCCCAACUCACCUUUCAGAUCCUCCUCAUGAACCAGGAAAUCAGUGCAGCAGAAUUGGAUUUCCUGCUUCGAUCUCCAGCACAGACAGGCACCCCUAGCCCAGUGGAGUUCCUCUCCCAUCAGGCCUGGGGAGGUGUCAAGGCCCUUUCAUCAAUGGAAGAAUUCUCUAAUCUGGAUCGAGACAUUGAAGGAUCUGCCAAGAGCUGGAAGAAGUUUGUGGAGUCAGAAUGUCCCGAGAAGGAGAAGUUCCCCCAGGAGUGGAAGAACAAGACAGCCCUUCAGCGCCUCUGCAUGAUGAGGGCCAUGCGGCCUGACCGGAUGACCUACGCCAUGAGAGAUUUUGUUGAGGAGAAGUUAGGAAGCAAAUACGUCAUGGGAAGAGCACUAGAUUUUGCAACUUCCUUUGAAGAAUCAGGACCAGCCACUCCAAUGUUUUUUAUCCUGUCCCCAGGGGUGGACCCACUGAAAGAUGUGGAAAAUCAAGGAAAGAAACUCGGAUAUACAUUCAACAACCGGAACUUUCACAAUGUGUCUCUGGGACAAGGACAAGAGGUAGUGGCUGAGGCUGCUCUGGAUCUAGCUGCCAAGAAAGGCCACUGGGUUAUUUUGCAGAACAUCCACCUAGUGGCCAAGUGGCUCAGCACCCUGGAGAAGAAGCUGGAGGAGCACAGCAAUGACAGCCACCCUGAAUUCAGGGUCUUCAUCAGUGCCGAGCCUGCCCCCUCCCCUGAGGGCCACAUCAUCCCCCAAGGAAUCCUGGAAAACUCCAUCAAGAUCACCAACGAACCCCCCACUGGCAUGAAGGCCAACCUGCACAAGGCCCUGGAUAACUUCACUCAGGACACUCUGGAGAUGUGCUCCAGGGAGACAGAGUUUAAGAGCAUCCUCUUUGCUCUUUGUUACUUUCACGCGGUGGUGGCAGAAAGACGGAAGUUUGGACCUCAAGGUUGGAAUCGGUCCUAUCCUUUUAACACCGGAGACCUCACCAUCUCAGUGAAUGUGCUCUACAAUUUCCUGGAGGCCAAUGCAAAGGUACCCUAUGAUGACUUGCGCUACCUGUUUGGUGAGAUCAUGUAUGGGGGCCACAUCACUGAUGACUGGGACAGGAGACUCUGCAGAACCUACCUGGAGGAAUUCAUUAAACCAGAAAUGUUAGAAGGGGAACUGUGUCUGGCCCCAGGGUUCCCACUCCCAAACAACUUGGACUACAAUGGUUAUCAUCAGUACAUUGAUGCCGAGCUGCCCGCAGAGUCACCCCACCUCUAUGGCCUUCACCCAAAUGCAGAGAUCGGCUUCCUAACCCAGACUUCAGAAAAGCUCUUCCGCACCGUGCUGGAGCUGCAGCCUCGGGACAGCCAAGCAGGAGACGGAGCCGGUGCCACCAGAGAAGAAAAGGUCAAGAUCCUUCUAGAAGAAAUACUGGAACGGGUGACAGAUGAGUUUAACAUCCCAGAACUGAUGGCCAAAGUGGAGGAGCGCACUCCCUACAUUGUAGUUGCCUUCCAGGAGUGUGAGCGGAUGAACCUCCUCACCAGAGAGAUUCAGCGCUCACUGAGGGAGCUGGACCUUGGCUUAAAGGGGGAGCUGACCAUGACCGGCGACAUGGAAAACUUACAGAACRCCCUGUACCUAGAUAUGGUGCCAGAGCCCUGGGCCAGGCGAGCCUACCCUUCCACAGCGGGCCUGGCAGCCUGGUUUCUAGAUCUCCUCAACAGAAUCAAGGAGCUGGAGACGUGGACAGGUGACUUUGCAAUGCCCUCUACUGUGUGGCUGACAGGCUUCUUCAAUCCCCAGUCCUUCCUGACUGCCAUCAUGCAGUCCAUGGCUCGUAAGAACGAGUGGCCACUGGACCAGAUGGCCCUGCAGUGUGAUGUGACAAAGAAAAACAGAGAGGAGUUCCGGAGUCCUCCUCGGGAAGGGGCCUACAUUCACGGCCUCUUCAUGGAAGGUGCCCGCUGGGACACACAGGCUGGGAUCAUUACAGAGGCAAAGCUGAAGGACCUGACACCCUCCAUGCCUGUGAUGUUCAUCAAGGCCAUUCCUGCAGACAAGCAGGAUUGCCGCAGUGUCUAUUCUUGUCCAGUGUACAAGACUUGUCAGCGGGGACCCACUUACGUGUGGACUUUCAACUUGAAGACUAAGGAAAAUCCUUCCAAGUGGGUUCUAGCUGGAGUAGCCUUACUUCUCCAGAUUUAGCUUUCUGAGAAAACAAGAAAAGAGGGUAGGCCAGAGGCUCCCUGUCAGACAGGUGGGUGAGGGUUACCACAGACACUUAGAUAAGAAAUCAUAAGCACUCAACUUCUGUGGGAUUCCCCUAUGGGACAUGAGAGAAGGGUGCCUAAAAGUGAAGCUGAGCUGGCUUUUGGGCCCAGG